AAAGGCGACAACUUUCGCAUUUACCGAACAAAAAGCGGAAAGUGGAUGCAUAUGCGCCUGGGGGAAAACGUUCAAUUCUCACUGCUCUGUCUCCGAAACCGCCCGAUCGCUCAUGGGUUUUCAGUCCGCUCCGUCGUGCUCCGAUUCGUGCUCGGCCCGAGGGAAGAAGGGUUGUGAUCUCGGCUCGGCCUAGCGGUUCAUGAUCGAAAGGGGCAAGCUUUUCUGGUGACGGGGUUUCGAUGUGGACGUUCUUUGUGUGCGGGACUGUUUGAUGAGAAGUACAUCUGGUUAUUGUGGAGAUCUGGGAGUGGUUCCAUCUCUUAUGCCCAAUGAGGACUUUCUUCCCAUCUGAGUCCUGUAAAGAGACGCAGCUCAAUGCGCUCAAUCCGCAGUCUUGGCUUCAGGUCGAAAGAGGGAAGCUGUCGAAAUCUUCGCCUCAGUGCUGUUUUUCUUCAUCUAUAGAAUCUCUCAUCAAGGUCCCCGAGCCGUCAAUACUGCCUUUGUUUAAGCCAGUUGAUUAUGUAGAAGUUUUGUCACAAAUUCAUGAAGAACUCGAGACUUGUGCUCCCGAGGAGAGGCCGAAUCUCUAUUUGUUAAAGUUCCAGGUCUUUAGAGGUCUGGGAGAAAUCAAAUUGAUGAGGAGAAGCCUCCGUGCUGCAUGGCAGAAGGCCACCAGUGUGCACGAGAAAAUUGUUUUCGGUGCAUGGCUGAAGUAUGAAAAACAAGGUGAGGAGCUUAUUGCUGACUUGCUCGCAACUUGCGGCAAGUGCGUAGAAGAGUUUGGCCAUAUAGAUGUUGCCUCAAUGCUUCCAGAGGAUACAAAUGUGAGUUCUAGUCAAUAUUUUUUGUCUAGUGACAAUAAACUUUCAAGGAGUGUUACUUUUAGAAUUGGAGACGAGAACAUAGUCUGUGAUAGGUGGAAAAUGGCAUGCCUUUCAGCUCCUUUUCAAGCAAUGCUUAAUGGGUGCUUCACAGAAUCAGUAAGAGAGGACAUAGAUUUGUCUGAGAACAAUAUCUCCGCUGCAGGCUUGAGAGCUAUCAAUGAGUUUAGCAUGACUGGGAAUUUGAAUGAAGUUUCUCCGAAUCUUUUACUGGAAAUACUCAUCUUCGCAAAUCGCUUCUGUUGUGAAAGACUAAAAGACGCAUGUGGUAGGAAACUUGCAGCUUUUGUAUCCUCUAGAGAUGAUGCGGUAGAACUCAUGGAAUACGCUCUUGAAGAGAACUCCCAUGUCCUUGCAGCUUCAUGCUUGCAAGUAUUUUUGCAUGAACUUCCUGAUUGUUUAAAUGAUGACAGGGUUGUGCAAAUAUUUAGCCUUGCUAACAGACAACAAAGGUUGGUCAUGGCUGGGCCAGCUUCUUUUUCACUGUACUGUUUACUGAGUGAAGUCUCUAUGAACCUUGACCCUCAGUCAGAUAAAGCUGCUUGUUUCCUGGAGCAAUUGCUAGAGUCUGCUGAAACUGAGAGGCAGAGACUGCUGGCUUUCCAUCAGUUGGGAUGUGUCAGGCUUCUGAGGAAAGAGUAUGACGAAGCUGAGCGUCUUUUUGAGGCAGCUGUUAAUGCAGGUCAUAUAUACUCAGUUGCAGGCUUGGCUAGACUAGCUUUCUUGAAGGGUAAAAAAUCAGGGGCCUAUGACAAGCUCAGCUAUAUUAUUUCCUCUGGAAGCUGUAGGCCACUGGGAUGGAUGCACCAGGAGAGGUCAUUGUAUUGUGAUGGAGAUACGAGAUGGGAAGACCUCAAUAAAGCAACUGAGUUGGACCCAACUCUACCUUAUCCUUACAUGUAUCGAGCUGCUUCCUUAAUGAGGAAACAAGAUGUCCAAGGUGCACUUGCAGAGAUCAAUCGGAUCCUUGGCUUCAAACUUGCAUUAGAGUGCUUGGAACUCCGUUUUUGCUUUUACUUGGUCCUAGAGGAUCAUCAAUCAGCAAUUUGUGAUGUUCAGGCAGUUCUCACUCUCUCUCCAGAAUAUAGGAUGUUUGAGGGACGGGUUGCAGCAUCCCAACUGCGCACACUUGUGAGAGAGCAUGUUGAGAGUUGGACAACAGCUGAUUGUUGGAUGCAAUUGUAUGAGCGGUGGUCUUCAGUUGAUGAUAUUGGUUCACUCUCUGUUAUUUACCAGAUGCUGGUUGAAUCUGAUGCACCAAAAGGUGUUCUCUACUUUAGACAGUCACUCCUCCUCCUCAGGUUGAAUUGCCCUGAGGCAGCUAUGAGAAGCUUACAUUUAGCCCGGCAGCAUGCCUCUAGUGAACAUGAGCGCCUGGUUUAUGAAGGCUGGAUCUUAUAUGACACUGGGCACUGUGAGGAAGGGCUUCGAAAGGCUGAGGAGUCUAUCAAAAUCACAAGAUCCUUUGAGGCCUUCUUCCUAAAAGCCUAUGCACUGGCAGAUUCUAGCCAGGAUACAUCUUGUUCGUCAACUGUUGUUUCACUUCUUGAAAAUGCAUUGAAGUGCCCCUCAGAUAGGCUUCGCAAAGGUCAGGCACUGAACAAUCUCGGAAGUAUCUACGUCGACUGUGGGAAGCUGGAAUUGGCAGCUGAUUGCUAUAUUAAUGCUCUCAAAAUCAGGCACACAAGAGCCCAUCAAGGGCUUGCUCGAGUACAUUUUCUCAAAAAUGACAAAGCUGCAGCAUACAAGGAGAUGUCACUACUGAUAGAGAAGGCAAGGAAUAAUGCAUCUGCGUAUGAGAAGAGGUCUGAAUAUUCUGAUCGUGAACUCGCUAUGGUCGACCUCGAGAUGGUUACCAGAUUAGACCCACUUCGUGUCUAUCCAUACAGAUACCGGGCUGCAGUACUAAUGGAUAGUCAAAAGGAAGAUGAAGCUAUUGCCGAAGUUUCGAGGGCAAUUGCAUUCAAGGCCGACCUUCACCUCCUACACCUGCGGGCAGCAUUCCAUGAGCAUGUUGGCAAUGUCAUGGGUGCCCUCCGAGACUGUCGAGCAGCUCUCUGUGUCGAUCCAUACCAUCAAGAGAUGCUGGAGCUUCACAGCCGAGUAAACAGCCAUGAGCCAUAAUUCUGGCCAGGGAAGCAGAGAGUGCAUCUAAUAUUUCAACGCAUCGUGUACAGUAAGUGCGCUUGAUCAUCCUGUAGGACCACAUUGUAUCCUUUUCUGCCACUAUUAAUGGAUUUUGGUAAGUUAUAUAUGUUCUCUUCAUUUUGCUCCAUUUGUAUGUGAGGAAAAUGUCAAAUGAAGCGGAGAAAGUUACGAUCCUUCUUCUAUUUAGUCGGUUAAUGCAUUGCUAA